AUGGCCAGCUUCCCGUGGCAGCACUUUAUUAAUCAGGUGCUAGCCACUCAAGGGAACAACAGUAACUGCAAGAAUGUGGGUGUAAGGGCUGAAGAAGAUUUGGCCAAGCCUUACAAGCCGAGUAACCUCUCGUGCUUCUCACAGCAAAUAGCCGAUUAUGAUUUUCAGACAAAGAUUAAAAUGCCAUCCCAUAUCAAGACGUAUGAUGGGACUGAAGAUCCUGAAGACCAUCUCCAGAUCUUUACCGGUGCUGCAAGAAUUGAGAAAUGCGUUCGAAGCUUCGAUGACCUCAGCAAGGGGUUCCCAGCCAAUUUCUCCCAGCAAAGGCGAUACGUGAAAGAUGCUACAGUAAUCUUCCAGAUAAAACAGAGGGAUGAUGAAAGCCUUCGAGAGUUCAUAGAAAGAUACAAGAAGGAAGGUCUAACAUAUGUAGGGGCAGAUGAGAAGAUGAGAGUGGCCGGUUUUAUGAACGCCAUCACCUCCAAAUAUCUCACAAGAGGUUUCAACAAAUCCCUACCCAAGACCUUGGAAGAGGCUCUCGAAAGGGCUGAAGCCCACAUCCAGGGAGAGGAGGCAGUAGACAUUAAAGAGCAAAGGAAAUGGGGAUCCAGCUGGCGAGGCUACAGCCCAACUAGAAAAAGGGAGAACUUCAACUCCUAUGACAGACGCCAAAAGGGUUCAGAGCAACGAAGGUCUGAAGGCCGGAACCCUUCCAGCAGGGAGAAAUGCAUAAGUUUCACACCCCUUACCAAAACCCCUCAAGAAAUCCUUGAAACAGAGGAAGUCAAGCAAAACUUUCGGCCUUCUAGGCCUCUCCCCAAAAGCAGAAAGAACGAAAACUCCACACAAUACUGUGAAUUUCAUGAAGAAAAGGGGCACCACACCAAUGAUUGCUUCCAUCUUAAGAAAAGGAUCGAAGAAGCCGUUAAGUCCGGGGAACUUGCUCACCUGGUGAAGGGAGUAAGGGACAAAAUGGCUUAA